UGGCUACACUGGAUCAAGCCCAUCUUAGUGCGGAAGGAAUUCACUCCGUUUUCAUCACGCUCCGGUAUAUAUAUGCUCACAGAGAAUUCACCGAGCACUUUUUCGCCCCUUCGGUUCAGCCUCCCUCAUAAUUUUCCCUCCAAUAUCAAACCCAAAAACAUUCAAUCCAGAUUGAAUCACAGACUUCUAUUACUGUAGAUUGAAAAGGGGUCGUUUUUUAUUACUGUCAUUCGGAGAUGAAGAGAGGAUACGAAGAGUCUUCAUCAUCGGCCUCUCUCGGACCGCCUCAAUCCAAAUUCAGACCCAACCCAGAUGGCGAUUCACAGUUUUUGGAGGAUGAGAGUACAAAGAUAUUUGCCAGGAAAGUGGCAGACCAUUAUAGUGCACGGACAAAUCAAACUCUAGAAGAGCGAGAAGCUAGUCCUAUUAUUCAUUUGAAGAAACUUAACAACUGGAUUAAAAGUGUCCUAAUUCAACUGUAUGCACACCGUGGAGACGCAGUUCUUGAUCUUGCUUGUGGCAAGGGUGGAGAUCUAAUCAAAUGGGACAAAGCAAAUAUUGGAUAUUACGUUGGCAUUGAUAUAGCUGAAGGCUCGAUAGAAGAUUGCCGUACCCGCUACAAUGGUGAUGCAGAACAUCAUCAACGUCGUAAAAAGUUCACAUUCCCUGCACGUCUUAUGUGUGGAGAUUGUUUUGAGAUCCGUCUGGACAAUGUUUUGGAAGAAGAUGCACCAUUUGAUAUAUGUAGUUGCCAGUUUGCCAUGCAUUACUCGUGGUCUACUGAGGCACGUGCGCGUCGGGCCUUGGCCAAUGUAUCAGCAUUGCUUCGUCCAGGAGGCAUUUUUAUAGGAACUAUGCCUGAUGCCAAUGUUAUCAUCAAAAAACUAAGAGAAGCUGAAGGACUGGUUUUUGGUAAUAGUGUCUACUGGAUACGUUUUGAUGAAGAAUUUUCUGACAAGAAAUUUAAGUCUUCAAGUCCCUUUGGUAUAAAGUACAAGUUCCAUCUUGAGGAUGCUGUUGAUUGUCCGGAGUGGAUUGUUCCAUUUCACAUCUUCAAAUCAUUGGCAGAAGAGUACGAUUUGGAGCUAGUUUUAGUGAAAAACUCGCAUGAAUUUGUUGAUGAAUACUUGAAGAGACCAGAAUUUGUUGAGCUCAUGCGGAGACUUGGGGCCUUGGGAGAUGGAAACAAAGACCCGAGUACAUUAUCACCGGAUGAGUGGGAAGUAGCUUAUCUGUAUCUAUCAUUUGUAUUGAGGAAGCGAGGCCAACCUGAGCAGACACGUGUAAAUGGUAGACGAGACAAAGGCAAGAUGCUUAUAUCAAAAGAAGACAUAAUGUUUAUUGACCAAUCAUCGUGAGUCGGAAAUUAGUCCCAAAAUCUAUCACGGUAUGGGACCUUAAAGCGAAACACGGAAGAAUGCCCUUGGCCAAACACAACGUGUUGAUGGUGGACUGGCAGUAAACGUGUUUCUUAUUAAUCGUCUGCGAUUUUGUUAUAGAUUUAACUCGCCAUAGAAUUUUGUAGAAUUCAAGAAAAAAUGCAAUGUAGUAGUGGUUUUCCCAGCUUCUGCUUCCAAGGAAAUACAUUGAAUGUAUGUAUAUUCCUCGAAAUGUAUUGAAACAGUUGAGCUAGCUCCCCGGGUGAAACAAUGGAUGGAAUUUGAAUC